AUUUAAAUUUAACUAAAUACAGAAUUGUUAAAAAUUUAUAAUUUGAUUAAAAGAAUUACUAAAAAUAAUUAAAUAAAAGAUGUUGAUUGUGUGUGCGUUUUUUGUUUUUUAAUUGUGUCUAUUGUGUUCAAAGUUUCAAGUGUUUGAACCUCAUUUUCCAUUCGUACAAAAGCAGCAAAUCAUCAUCUUCAAUAUCAACAAUCAACAAAGUAAAAUUGAAACCACAAUGGGAAUAUUUUCUCAUUCCACUUGAAGGAUAAACACAACAGAAUAUUCUAUUUUAAAGGAACCUAACAGAAAACAGAAUAAGGAACAAGGCACAAAGUUUACAUACAACAGACAUAAUUAUUUAUUAUUUCAAAAAAAAUUAUAAAGUAUAAACUAAAACAAUAAAGAGACAUGGUGGAAAUUAUGACAACAGACACGUUAAAUGUGAAAAUUGUAAUAAGAAAACCAGGAAAUUAGAGGAAAAAGUAAAACAGCAGGAAAACAACUUAAGUAAAUUGAUGUUGUUCGAAGGUGUGUGUGUAUGUGUUUGAGUCGAUAUAAAAAAUUAUAAAUAAAAGUAGGAGUGUAAAUGAACAGGUGUAAUUUUAAUGGAAAUUGUUUAAAUGCCUGUAAAAGCAAUUAAAGAAAAAUGUCUUGUUGCUGUUAACGCUAGAGAAAGAAGCUCGUUUAAAUCAAAUUUAAUUUAAUAUUUAAAACAAACUGAUAAAAUAAUACCAAGGAAAAGAGAAAAUAAGGAGCGUAGCGUAUGAAAAUAUUAUAUGACACUUAAAUUUAAAACUUUUUAGCCGCAAGAUAAAAAAUACACAUUAAUUUUCUUUAGUUAUUCUUAAAGAAUGUUUUACUCCAAGGAUUAUUAAGGACAUUUACUGUGCAUAAAAAAAGCUUAAAUAAAGAGUGUGUUAAAACGAAAUAACAGCAAAUUUUCCAUAAAAUUUAUCUUUAAUCAUUUUUCAGCAAAAAAAAAAAGAAAAGAAACAAAAAAAAUGAUAGCAACAGUAGAAUAAAUUUAUAAAAAACCAAAGAAAAAACAACAAGCUGUUGCAAAUGACAUUGAAGAAUCUACUAGCAAGUAAAAGGAGUAGAUGUUUAAAGUAGAGAAAAAAGAAAAAAAAUAAAUGUUCUACAUUUAUUUUAAAACAAAAUAAAAAUUUUAACAAAUAAAAAACUUUGUCAACAUCCCAACACAAUAAAACAAACCAAACGACAGAAGGGAAAAAAACCAACAGCUGAAAAACGUCAUUUAUAAAUUUGCAACAUCAUAAUCUGCUGCAUCAACUCCUGCAGCUCAACACAACUAACGCACAUUUAUAAAAUAAAAUAUAAAAUAAAAAUAAUACAAAAUUUUUUAAAUUAAUUGUUAAAACCAUAACGUCACUACUGAAAGCUUAUGUGGCAGUGAUUUAUCUGAUACAUCAACAACAAAAAUAAAGUUAAGAGAAUAAAAACAAUAAAAUUUUAAAUAAACUUUAUUCCACGUCAAACAAAGUUGUCAGUGUGACAUCAACAAAAACAAACAAAACACACGAAUUUAUCCGCACAUUUAUUUCUUCCAGUGUAAUAUCCUAAAGUUUCAUAAUGCGCGGCCGUCAUUUACGUCGUCGUUUCAGUUUACAACCAUCCUUUAUGAAGGAUGACAAUGCUGAGGAUAAACCCACCAAACGUGACAAAGUUGGCCGCAAUAAUGCUGUUGAUGAUGCAAUUGGUCCCACAAAUGCACGUCACAAAAUUGUUGUCAUGGGUGCUGCUAAAGUUGGUAAAACCUCAAUAAUUACACAAUUUCUAUACAAUACAUUUACAACAAAAUACAAAAGAACCAUUGAGGAGAUGCAUCAGGGUAACUUUUCAAUAGCGGGUGUUAAUCUAACCUUGGAUAUAUUGGAUACAGCUGGUUCAUAUGAGGUUGAAUAUGCCACCACUGAAUCUGUUGUUACAGUAGACUGGGAAAAUGGUUUCGCUGAGGCAUCAGCUGCCCGCAAUGAAAAUAUAACACAGGUGUUUAAAGAACUAUUAUCCCAGGCUAAAAUCACUUAUAAUUUAAGUCCAGCAUUACGUCGCCGUCGUCAAUCGUUACCACAACAAGUGGGCAAUAAUGGUCCAGGCACACCAACACAUCAUCAUCAGCAGCACCAUCAUCAUCAUCAACAACAACCGCACUCAUCUGCCUCGUCAUCAUCAUCGUCCGCGUAUGCUGGCUCAAUGGCACAUGCACCAACAGCAGCACAAUUGCAACAUUUGCAAAGGAUACAAGAGCGUAGUUUGGGUAGUAAACGUAAUUCCUGUACAAUUUCCUAAAAAUGUCAAAACAGACAACAACAAUAACCACACAACCCCACACACAUAUAUACAAAAAAAACACUAAACUAUAUAAACGAAAAACAAUGUGAAACCUAAAUAAAUAUAGAUACAAGGAAAUAUAUAUCACAGUAUAUGUUCCAUGGAUACAUACAUACAUAUAAACUUAUAAACUUAUAAACCUAGAUAAAAAGAAAAUCCAUAUAUUAGGGAGCACCCAAAAGGGAAUUCUUUUUUUUAGCUAAAACGGAUUUUAAGUUAUGUUUUUAAAAGAGGUUUCUCUUGCAGGAAACUGUUAUAAUCUUUUGAAUUUGAGUUAGAAUAUUUCAAAAAUGUGUAUGUAUGUAUCUGUGAAAUAAAAAAUUGAUUUCAAUUUUAUUUUUUAUUAAUAAACUUAAAAUAGAUAACUAAAGUGAAAAUAACCAAAAUCUUUAGAAAUACAAAAUCAUUAAGCGCUGCUUCUCAAAUAAAUAAGCUCUUGAACUGUAAUUUUGUAAAAUACUUUUUUGAAGUAGUUACACAGCAAAACCAUGGUAAUGACUUGUACUAACUUUUCAAGGACUUAGGAAAUGUCUAACAAUGACAGUAAAUGCUAAUAAUAAUUAUCUAAACUAAUAGCAGACACAGAGACAUAUCCUCGUAUUCCUCGUAGUUUUAUUAACAAAACAACUUACUUAACUCUUCAUUAGCAGAUGAUAGAAGUAAGUACUUAUCCAACUACCUAUUUGUAAGCCAAUGUCUUAAAAUGUUAUUGUGUAUUAAAAUGUUAACAUUUCUUUACAAUGAAAGAUAUUCAAUAGUUGUUAUCUCUCAUUUUUAUGAAAAUGAGAUUUGAUGAUAGCAAAACAUUUAAGAAAAAAUCGUAUAUCCGUAUAUAAAUGAUACUUCAAAAAGGCUCAAAUAAUGGAAAAGGUAGAAACCCUGAAAAACAGUAUUGAAUAAUGUUGAAUUUGAUUCUGACCUCAGAUUUUUAACAUCUGGGAUUUGAGAUAUCGUGUCAUGAAAUUUGAGAAAACGCCAUUUUUGAAACUUUUUGGACACGUUUGAAAGUCUAUGCUGUCGGCUUUAAUAUAUAUGUUCUUUCUUAUUCGGGAAACUUUCCCUUAAAGUUUAUAUAACAAUAAAUUGACAAAAACUUGAUGUUUUAGUACUUUUGCUUUUAUUCGAUCUCUGGUUUAAAAAUCUGUCGACCUGUGCGUUCAUAGAUUUAUACAACUGGACUAAUCCGGACUAAUGAGGUCCAAAUUUAGAACUUAAAUACAAAAAGAUUUCCUAUCUAAACAUGUGUAAUUUUUAUUGAAAUUACUUAAUUAUAUACAUAUGUUUUCCAAAUUUUACGACUUUUUUACUUCACGAACACCUUGAGAAGAAUAUUAUCGAAUUUUAUCAGCUUUACAUACACCGGACUUCACGGACACCUUGAGAAGGACAUUAUCGAAUGUUAUCGGUUUAACAUACACCGGAAAAAAGAGCCUGUUCUCUACUCAUUAUUAAAUCAUAACUCUGUUAGUUUUAUUUAAAAUCUACAAUAAGUAGAAUUUUAUUAAAAAGCGAAGUUAUGGGGAGAACAUUUUUGAAAAGAGAUUUUAAUUCUUUUUAAGACGAUUGUGAGAGUUAACUUCAUUUUCUGAAAGAGAUGUUAUAUGAUGGUUGUUAGAUCAUACGCGGACGAGAGUACAACACACUUUAAAGUCUAAUGCAUUAAAAUAUCUGGUGCACUUUUUAUAUAGAUAUCUUCAAAGCGGUGACCUCUUUUAUAGAUGCUCAAGAAGUCGUUUACCGUCUAACAUUUCCGAUCAAUAUAGAUUUUGUAAAACUUUCAUAAUCAGAGCCCUAUAUUGUUUUCAACAGGAGGAUGUAUAAAGAGAAUGAUAUAUAUGUAUGUCUAGAUCUUCUUAAAUUUAUAAUAACCCAUUCUUUUCUUACAUUCAGCUUCACUUUAAGGACGUCUAUUGUAAUCGACAACAAUUAACUUAGUACCUUUUAUUAGUAAAUUUCCAAGAAUAUAAUAAAUUACUUUAAUCAACUAAAAAAUAUAAAUCUAUUACACUACUCCUUAACUUCUUCAAUAACUAAACAAAGACGAAAAAAGUUAUGCCAAAAAAUGCAAAUAUUUUCUUUUUAUGAAAAAUCCUUAAAAUAAAACUAAAAAUAAUUAUUUUUAAAGACCACAAUUUAACAAAAUUCCAUAAAUAUUUAUACAGCCAUUAAAAUACCUUAAACAAAAUCAAAAUAUAAGCUAUAAACCAAAUAUAAACAAUUAAUUACUGAAAACAAAGAAGUCUUUGUUCUAUAAAACAUUUAAAAAAAAAUACUUGAUACGGGUUUCAAUGUUUAAAAUAUAUACAAACAAAUAUGAAUUAUGAAAAUUAAAAUAUUAAUAA